CCCAUAACGGCCGCACCCUGGACUUACACUAGCGUUUGGGCCCCUGUGGCGCUCUGGUUCGAGACAACGCACAUUGACACGAUAGCUCCAGCCCAGUGUCACAACAGGCUGCCCGCAAGACCUGCCUGCUGCAAGUACACAAUUACAACAUUUUGCCCGCCGAUGUCGUGUUGAGAGUCAUUUUCUUGUCGACGUCUACCACACAAUGGACGAUCUCGCCGGCCUAAACUGGUCGGCGCCCAACCAGAAGCCCGCAUCCGCGGCCACGCCCGCGCAAUCGGCACCGACCAACCCCGCCAUCCCGACUUACCCUUCCCUGCGUCCGACUCCAUCGCCCUUCGCAUCCGGCCGCAACAGCCCGCUACCGGCUCAGGGAUCCGGAAAUGCGGGAACCAAGUCACCAGCUCCCAAGAUCGCUCCGGACAGCUUCGGCAAUCUGCUAAACUUCGGGACCGGAAAGAGCAAUGCAAACCUCAGCCUCCGCGAACGGCAGGACCAGCUAGAAGCCGAGAAGAGGAAGAAAGAAGAGGAGAGGCGUAGACAGGCACAAGCACAAUACGGAGACGGGAGCUUUCUCGACUCGCUCGGGCAGACCCAAUCGAGCUCGUUGAGGACACCGUCUCCCGCGAUAUCGGUUCCUUCAUCCCUGCAGGGGCUAGACUCGGGAACGCAUAACGGGAAACCAGCGACCGAGUCGGACGAUGAUUUAUUCGCAGCCUUCAACGCUAGCACCAAGGUGGACAAUUCGAGCUACUUCCCACCCCCCGCGUCGUCGAACACGCCUUCUUCCGCGAACGCACCAGCACUGGACCUCAGCAAUCCCCAGGCUUGGAACACGUCAGGAGCACCUGCUGGGACAUCUGUUGGGGGAGGCUUCGCCGACGAAGAUGAUGACCCGUUCGGACUGAACCAGCUGAAGAGCAAUACGAGCCCCCCACCUCCCCCGGCUGCUGAUGGCGACGACGACGAUUUGUUGGGUGAUCUGGCCAAACCAGUGGACCAAGUCAGGAAGAAGACAGGCCCCGUAUUUGCCCGAGAGCCCGAGCCAGGGAAACCUAUCGAGGAUUCUUCUUCGGAAUCUGAGGCCGAACCGCCUGCGCCUUCGGAUGACCCGUUUGAUAGGGCGGUUGCCCAGCUUGUCGAGUAUGGCUUUACUCCCGAAAAUGCGAGAAGAGGUCUCACAGAGAGUGGGGCGGGCCUCAAUGUCCAAGCUGCUGUCAAUUGGUUGCUGGACGACGCCCACAGGCAGGCGAAGGAGAAGCAGAAGGGCGGGCGAGGUGCAGGGGAACGAUCCACGGAGAGGGGUGAACGGGCCUCGAGUCAGUCCCGAAGUAGCACCCCAUCUUGGACGAAGGAGGGACAGUCGGGCGGUGGCGCCAGGGGGAGGGACAACCGGUCGCCCGCAAGUCUGGACGGGGAUUUCGCCAAGGCGGCUGCUGCUGUCGGCUCGAGUUUCCUCAAGUCGGCCAACAAUUUAUGGAAGACGGGGCAGAAGAAGGUCCAGAAAGCGGUGGCUGAGUUUCAGCAAGACGGAGACCCGAGCCAGCCGAAAUGGAUGAGAAGCGCCCAAGGCCAUGGCCGCGCUGAGGAUACAGGCAGGCAAAUACCCGAGGUCACAGACGAAGCUCUGAUGCUGGAAAUGGGAGGACCACCAGGAACGAGACCUGGGAAGGCAGCACCCCAGCGUCAAGACGCCGGCGAGGCACGCCUCCGCGAAACACCACCGGCUUUACCAACCCGGCCGGGGAAGGGGAACCAGGCGCCAAGAUGGCAGCAAGCUCCGCAGCAAUUCAUGGACCCGCGCUCGCGACUGGGCAGGCAGGGAGCUGAGGAGGAGACUUUUCAAGCCUACGUUAGCCCUGCUCGGAGGAAGAAACCGGCGGCACAACCGCAACCAGAGGCGAAACCUGCGGAGACUGACGAGGAUCUGCUGUUCGGCGAGGCUGCUCCAACAUCCCGAGCUGCACCACAGACUCGCUCUGCGCAACCAUCUCCGAGUCCCCAGCCCUCGUCUCGGCCACCACCUCCUGCUCCGAGACCUGCGGCCCCACGCCCUGCCCGUCAAAUACCCGGCGUGUCCGCCAUCGCGCUGCAAAACUCGACCAGAUGCCGCCUAGAGGGUACCGCGCACUUCAAGCGCGGCGACUUCGCGGCGGCCCACGCUUCUUACACCGCCUCGAUGACUGCCAUUCCACAGGACCAUCCCCUGACCAUCCUGCUCCUCUGCAACCGCGCGCUGACUGCGCUCAAAACGGGCGAUCCGCGCCAGGCGGUCCAGGACGCCGAUGCGGCCAUCCAGCUGAUCGGCCCCGGCAAGGGCGAGGGCGAGUACGUCGAGCUUCAGACGACCGACGGGACACCCGGCGAGAAGCGCGACAUGCGCGACCUCUACGGCAAGGCGCUCACUCGCAAGGCGGAAGCUCUGGAGCAGAUGGAGAAGUGGGCCGACGCCGGCGCCGUGUGGCAGCUGUGUAUCGAGGCCGGGCUGGGCGGGGCGACGGCCGCGGCCGGCCGGCAGCGGUGUCAGAAGGCCGUCGCGCCCAAGCCGGCGUCGUCGACGCCCAAGCCCGCAUCGGCGUCUCGCGCUGCGGCCCCGCCGCGCCCGCGGCCGUCGGCGAACCCGCAGAAGAGCUUCGAGGCGGUGGAGCGGCUGCGGGCGGCGCACCAGGCGGCGGAGCGCGAAGGGGACGAGAAGCUCGCGCUCGCGGACAAGGUGGACGCGCGCAUCGCGGCCUGGCGGGACGGCAAGCGCGACAACCUGCGCGCGCUGCUGAGCAGCCUGGAUACCGUGCUGUGGGAAGGCAGCGGGUGGAAGAAGGUGGGGCUGCACGAGCUGGUGAUGGCGAACAAGGUCAAGGUUGUGUACAUGAAGGCGAUAGCCAAGACACAUCCCGAUAAGAUUGCGCAAGAUGCGACGACCGAGGUGCGCAUGAUUGCGGCGACGGUGUUUAGCACGCUCAACGAGGCGUGGGACAAGUUUAAGGCGGAGAAUAACUUGUAAGGAGUCCGGAGGAUGAAAGAUGAAGAAGACGAAGAAGAAGAAGAAGAAGAAGAAGAAGACGGCGAUGAUGAUGAUGAUGAUGACGACGACGACGACGACCGGAGGGCCGGUCAGAG